AUGUCGCACCUCGCUGUGGAAACAUGGACGUGGCUUUCACGCAGGUUGCUGCAGGGUUCAUUCAAGAAGCUGCAGGCCGACGAUGCCCUCAUGAUGUUUGCCAUGCUCUGCGACACUGUAUUGAUCGUGGGCAUGAACAUUAUCGCACGCACCAACAGUAACCUGAUCGCACCUGGUACUGACCUCAAUUUCACUGCCGAAGACAUCGCCGAGCGCGAGUCUGGCUCGAAAUGGGUCCUCGUUGUUGAACAGAUGCAGUGCGCCGUCAUCUGGUCGGUAAAGGGCUGCUUCCUCAUCAUGUAUAACCGCUUGACCAUGAGUCUUAAACAGAACCUGGCAGUCAAAAUUGUUGCCGGCUAUGCCGCCGUUGGCUUCAUCGUCAUGGAAAUCCUCUAUUUUGGUGUCUGGUGCAGACCAUUCACCCAGUACUGGGCUGUCCCCCCGGACAACAUUCAAUGCUCGGCUGCCACGAAUCACCUUAUCACCAACGCCGUCAUCAACAUUUCGUCGGAUGUCAUGAUCAUUCUGAUCCCGAUGCCGUUGUUCCUCCAGUCCCAGAUUCCCCAGAAGAAGAAGAUGAUACUGUGCGGCGUCUUCGCCCUAGGCGCCUUCACUAUUCUUUCGGCCAUUCUCAACAAAUAUUACAGUUUCAACGAACCCUUCGGCUCGGCCUGGACGUUCUGGUACAUUCGCGAGUCCUCCACCGCCCUCAUCGUCGCCAACUUGCCCAUGACCUGGACAAUUCUCCGACGUCUCUUCCACCUCAAGUCCUUCAACGGCAAGUCGUCGAACCAACGCUCUGGCUAUCCUUCUUCAACAUCGCACUUCCGCUCGAUGGCCUACAGCCGCAACCCUCAAUCCACGAUACGCGGCGGCGAUCACGACCUCGACCCAUCUGCGAGCGAGGAACAGAUCAACGGCGGAUUCGGCGGCAUCCCUCUCAAGAUCUACCAACAACAUAAGGUGGAAGUGACUUCUCAUGAAGUGGGACCACACGAUGGGCGCCGUUCGUCCGACGGCUCUCUUCGGGAAGGCGUGACGGUCACUGUCACGACAGGCCACAGAUCAGAUCACGAUACCCGAGACUUGGAAACCUCAUCCAGUACGUCGACUGUUGGGAUUGUCAAGGCGUCACGAGGGAUCUAGGAGGAUGUUUAUGUAGGAAGAAUAAUGAGGAUGGACAUGAGCUAAGGCUUCAAGAUACCCCCCUUAAUGUGUGUC